AGCUCGUGCGCGCCACACAUCCAAAUCCCGAAAAAUAAAAAUAAAAAUAAAAAUCUAAACCCUCGCUCUCGUCGGAGACCCUUCCCCUUCCCCCAAAUUCCGCAAAGCUCCCAACACCAACAAUGGCGUCUCCGAUCCCCGCCGCCUCUGUGAUCGGGGCACGGUUCUCCUACGCCCCUUCCUCGGAGACCCUCCGCAGCAACCGACCCCGACCCCGUACCCUCCCUCUCCCUCGCCCCCGCGACCGCCGCGUGGCGGUGAGAGCGGAGGGGUGGGUAAACCCCGGGGUUCGGAAGAACGAGGACAAGGUCGUCGACUCCGUCCUCGUCCCCGAGCUCUCCAAGCCCCUCACCGCCUAUUGCCGGUGUUGGAGAUCGGGGACGUUCCCGCUGUGCGAUGGGAGCCACGUGAAGCACAAUAAGGCUACGGGCGAUAACGUUGGACCCCUCCUUCUUAAGAAGGGAAAAUAGAGAGUCUUUUUCUUUUCUUUUUUUCCUUUCUAAUUUGUUGUAUGUUUUGCCUCGAAAAACUCUGAAUUUGAGCCGGAAUCGCUCAGCAUCUGAACUCUGUUUACCAUUAUGGCGUACUUGACACUGUAACUUCUGUAAGUUUGAGUAAUAAGCGUCAGGGAUUUGAUUGCGAACGAGCAGACCAAGUCAACUCUCAUGAGAGCUGAAGAAUGGAAAGUUCUUAUUAGAAUUUAA